AUGUUCUUUAGUCAAGAGGAGAUCCGUUUUGCUCGUGUAUGGAUUCUUAUCUGGUCCGUACUCUGCUGCGCUUCAACUUUCUUUACAGUAACCACCUACUUAGUAGACAUGCAAAGGUUCCGCUAUCCUGAAAGGCCCAUCAUAUUCCUGUCUGGAUGCUACACCAUGGUAUCUGUGGCCUACAUUGCUGGAUUUGUGCUGGGGGAUAAAGUGGUUUGCAAUGAAGGCUUCUCAGAGGAUGGCUAUAAAACUGUUGUACAAGGAACCAAGAAAGAAGGGUGCACUAUACUCUUCAUGAUGCUUUACUUCUUCAGCAUGGCUAGCUCCAUCUGGUGGGUCAUCUUGUCUUUAACCUGGUUCCUAGCAGCUGGCAUGAAGUGGGGGCAUGAAGCAAUUGAAGCAAAUUCUCAAUAUUUCCACCUUGCAGCCUGGGCAGUGCCUGCUGUGAAGACCAUUACCAUUCUGGCCAUGGGGCAGAUCGAUGGAGACCUACUCAGUGGAGUCUGCUUUGUAGGACUUAAUAGCAUUGAUCCAUUGAGGGGCUUUGUGCUGGCGCCUCUCUUUGUCUACCUCUUCAUUGGAACCUCAUUUCUUCUUGCUGGGUUCGUGUCCCUCUUCCGCAUCAGGACCAUCAUGAAACACGAUGGAACGAAAAAAACCGAGAAACUGGAGCGGCUGAUGGUUCGAAUUGGAGUCUUCAGUGUCCUGUACACUGUGCCUGCCACAAUCGUCAUUGCCUGUUACUUCUAUGAACAGGCCUUCAGAGAACACUGGGAGCACACCACGCAUGACCCCGACUUUACUGUCUACAUGAUCAAGUAUCUCAUGACCCUUAUUGUCGGCAUCACCUCUGGAUUCUGGAUCUGGUCAGGCAAAAACUCUUCAUUCUUGGAGGAAAUUUUACACCAGGCUUACCAACAGCAAGCAUGGAGAGACAACUGUGUGAGAACUCUUGGUGGUACCCAUGACCACCUAGACUGUACCUUCUCAAAACUUUCCAGUUUCCUGUCACUUGUUGCUAUCUGGGUAAAUUGA